AGGGAGCUUUCUUCUGGAGGAGCUGCAGGAGAUGAGGAGGGAGUGUUCGCAUCAAGAUGCGGCGAGAGCUGAUCUCAUAGCUUUUUGGUGGGCGCGCGAGGCAGGAGAGAGUGAAGUGCUUUUCUGCUGUUAAAGGAUGCGGAGCUGAAGGUUUUAUUUUUGAAUGACAAGACUCUUCCGGCCGGCACCAUGGUUUUGACUGCAUUGACCCAGUUUAGCUGCAAGGUAAAUGUUGAAGACACCGCUGAAAUGUUACCAAAAUCGAGAAGAGCACUUACCAUUCAAGAGAUUGCGGCGUUAGCCAGAUCUUCAUUACAUGGCAUCUCCCAGGCGAUGAAGGACCAUGUGACGCGGCCCACAGGCAUGGCCCAGGGCAGGGUGGCCCACCUGAUAGAGUGGAAGGGCUGGUGUAAGCCCACUGACACCCCCACAGCUCUGGAGUCUGACUUCAACAACUACUCUGACCUCACUGAGGGAGAACAGGAGGCACGCUUCGCUGCAGGUGUGGCUGAGCAGUUUGCCAUAGCGGAGGCUAAGCUGAGAGCCUGGUCGUCCGUGGACGGCGAUGACUCUAAUGACGACUCAUAUGAUGAGGACUUCAUUCCCGCCAAUGAGCCCACAACACAAAGCACAGAGGUGCCCACCUACCUGAGGGACCUUCUUCACAGUCAGGUGUGUCAGCACCUGGGUCUGCGGGGGCCGGGCUGCGAGGGGGCAGGAGGAGAGGGGGGAGACAGGCCCUCCCCCACCUCCACAGACACUCUCUGCUCCAGCCUCUACAGCCUGGAUGAGCAACACCCCUUACUGCGAGAUCUCACCCAUCACUGCGGCAACAACCACGCUAACACCGCCGAGCUGGCCGCCAAGAUCCUCUCGGCCCUGCAAGGGGGGGAGGAGCUGCUGUUGGCCCGCCUCCAGAGGGGGCCGGCCGGGGGGGAGGAGUCGCCUUGCUACUCUGUGACCUACUCCGAGACCUACCUGUUGCCAGGGGAGGACGAAGAUACGCCCUGCAAAGACUAUGAGGGCAUCGUGUGCCAGGGAGAAGGAGAGCGCGAGGUGUUCCCACCUGACUAUGCCACCCACAGGAAGGUCUCAGAUGUAGCCUCCUCCGGGGUGGUGUCUCUGGAUGAGGAUGAAGUGGAGGAAGAGGAGGAGGAGGAGAGGGAGAGAGAGCAGGGAAACAAAUAACUUCCCUGUCAUUGAUUUUUGUUUCAUCCAUUGUUUCUCCCUCCAUCUCUCCCUCCAUCUCUCCCUCCAUCUCUCCGUCCCUCCCAUGGCCUCUGCAUGUUUUUUUCAUGACUCUUACUGCAGUGUAACCCCUCUGUCUUGACCUGAUCGCAACAUUUCGAUCCCCUACCCGCCUGCCCCCCUGCCCCCCUGGCGAUUUGAUAUGUAUCAAUAUAUUUUUGUCUUGAGGCGUCCAAACAAUCUUUUCUAUCAAUGUGAAGCAGGAGAGCUGGACUGGCUGUCACAGCUUUCAGUAACAAGCCCAAUGAUUGGUCUGUGGUUUCAGUAAGAAGCCCACGGAUUGGUCAGUAGGGUUCAGUGCUCCACCCACCCACAACAAGAAAGGAGAGACUGCUAAAAACUAAAAGGGACACAACUGACAGGAAAAAGACUGAAUCUUAAAACUCUGAAAUAUCUCUGCAUGUGUUUGCAAGUGCUGAACUGAACUUGUGUGCUGACCUGGUCUUGAGCACGUCGGUUUGUAGUUUGGGCUGUUCUGUAUAACCCCGCCCUUCCUCUGCCCCCACCCAGAUACAGUAUAUCCCAUUGGUGGACAGGUUCCACUGCAUCCUGAAACCUGAAACCCCUCCUCUCCUUUGCAAGAGAUGUUGGGCACGUUCCUCUGCCCAGGCGCUGCUGAUGCAUGCCAGAUCUUACAAUGCCUGGAUGGGUAUUUUACCUAUCAGCUAACCACAUCAUAUGCUAUACCAAUCUGGUGUCCGACAGCACGGUCGAUGACGUGGCACGCAACCAUUGGAUGAUGCAUGCAACGUCUGAGCAGGGGAGCGCGACACCCUAGCAUCCUUCUGGGCAUGGCUUGCUGAGUAUGCCAAACUACCGUAUGUAACCUGUCACCAACAGUUAUGAGCAAAUGCUGGAAUGUCUUAAAAGUUACAGGAAAUAUGUAUUUUAAAAACAAAAAAAGAUUUGUCACAAAUGAUUGACAGAAAUGAUAUGCUUUUAUUGUACUAGUUUUCUAUCAAUCAACAUGUUGUUGUUAUUAUAAUUAUUCUGAAUAUCAUUAUGACUAACCAUCAUAAUGACAUACUAUAGCUACCAUAUUUAGUUUUUGUUUCUAUGGUGUCCUAUAUGGAAGACUUAAGACCAAUAGUUCUAUAAAAAAACAACGAAGACAAAAACACAAAUAGAAUGUUCCAGAACUGACCCUUUGAUGAAAGAUGCUGUUUGGUGGAGAAAUUGUUGUACAAAGACAGAAACCUAGUUUUCAGUGAGGAGGUGUUGAGUUGCAUUGGAGAUUUUCUAUAUUUUUGUAUGCGUUGUCUUGCUUUAGUCUUUGCCUAUGAGGCGUGCCAGUGUAUGUGGUUUUUGCACGAAGCUAACGUGGCUGUAGAGUUCUCCUUUCUUUGUUAUCACUGUGUGAUAUAGUAUACCGGGAAAAAAAUACAAAUAUUAACAAAAAAAGGUUUAUUUAAUUUUGAAAGAGGAUACUGUGAUACGGUUUGUUAUUGUCAUGAUCCUCAAUGGAAAAGUUAUAUAGCUCUUUUUUCUUUCCUGUCAUAGCUGCUCCUAAAGCAAAAUUCCACGGUUAUUCUCUUUCCAUUCUUUUUCAAAGGAUGUCAGGAAAAGGGCAUUUUUUGUAAAUAAAUCGAAAUCAUUCCAUU